AUGGCUUUGGAACUCGAGUACCGCAACACCUUCAUCGACGUGAAGGAGGAGAUCCAAGAUGAAAUGCAGGCUUCCGGCAACCGCGCUCGCAGCUCCCCACCGGGUCGCGUGCGCCGCAGCAGCUUCGCCAGGGAGAUGAACGACGACGAGGCCGCCCUGCGCAGCUAUGUGGGAGGCCUCGCGCAGAACGCGUGGCCUCAGAGUGGUCAGAUCUCUAGCCUGGCGGAUCCCUCUCCGAGUCCAGGGUGCGCUGUGGCCGGUGUGCCACACCUCCUGCAAGAGCAGAUGCAUAUGGAUGUGCUCAGUGUGGGUAGCUGGGGUCACCCCGACGUGUGCCGUCGCCCUUGCAUUCACUUCAUUUCCGGCAACUGCGAGAAUGGUAAGGAUUGUGCUUACUGCCACCUUCCGCACACGGAGAAGAUGGCCAAGCUCGACAAGAGGCAGCGUGCUAUGGUUCAACAGCUCAACCACCCAGAGCUGGUAUCGAUGGUGCUCCCUUUCUGCUACCGCAAGGCAGAGGACGGGGGAUAUGCGGACAAGGCAGAAGAGAUUCUCGGUCUUCUGGAGAUGGGUUUGGAUCACGCCACGUCAUCGUCCGAGUCCCGGCCCUUGGCCGACCGUGAGCUCCGAAAUCUGCGCAAGACACUUGCAAGGAUGAGCUUCUCGAGCCUCAUCGGCUUGGUUACCCACAGGUCACCUGACCAGGAUGAGGACCCAACUCUGCAGGCGGCCUUGGAUACCCUUCGCUCCAGUUUCGCUCCAUGCGGCACCAGGGCUCCGCCGUGA